UUAUGUAUGGCAACUAGCAAUGUCACUUACGAACAGGAGAAGUGCCCCAGUGUUGGAAUGUCAAGUGGAUUGUUCUAUCUUUUGUUGACUAGGACAGAAAUGUUUUGACCGUACAGUAGCAUGUCUGCAUAAAUAACAAGAUUUUGGAAGACAAAUACAUAAUAGCCAGCCACAAUUUACUUUAGCUAGUCAUGUGUUCGGUAGCAUUGAGCACGCGGACAUGCUACAGAGCAUUGCGCUUUGUAAACAAGGACUCUUUUCAUUUCGGCUGUGCAUUACCUUCAACGGUUGUCCGUUCAUUGUCAACCGCACCGCUUCUUAAAGACAUUAACCAACCGUUGAAACAGUGGUCAUUGGAAGUUAGCCCUUUCAGCAAAGUUAACGCGAAGCUUCGUUGUGACUUGUCUGUCCGCCCUUUGGAUCCGCAUGCUUUUCCCGAAGCGGACCGGGCAUUCAUUUCGGUCCAUGGCACGAAUGCUGACCAUGAGUUUAAACUGGAUGACUUGCAUGUUCAUUACAGUGAUCAAAAUCAGGAAUUACUCAUUCACGGUGAUAAGGUGACCAGCAAUGUUUCUGUGGAAUUAAUAGCGCCAAUAAAAAGUGACCUUUUCAUCACAACUACUGGAGGAGGAAAUGUCAACAUCCAGAAGAUGGAAAGUGAUGUUUGCAAAGUGCAGACAGACACCGGCAACUGCACCUUGACUUCAAUUAGGAGUCAUAAGUUGGAUGUGCUGUCAGCAGGGGGGAACAUUAUAGGAUUUGGUACCAUCCAUGCCAAUGUGGAUGUCUGUGCAAAAGAAGGCAGUGUCAACAUUAAAAAGAUCCAAGGGUCUUUCAUGAAUGUCUCAACAGAUCAAGGGCAGCUGAAGGUCAAAGCUAUCUAUGCAGAGUCCUCCAAAGUGUCAUCGUCAUCAGGGGAAAUUCAGUUGGGACAUAUCCAUGGUGAUGCCAGCGUGCAGAACGAAACCGGAGAUGUAAAUGUCGAUUCCUCAAGUGGUGCUUUGACUAUCUUGACAAGCAGUGGGAAUAUUGAUGCAUAUGUUGGAGAGAGGGGAACAGCAAACCUGAUAACUCAGCAGGGGUCUGUGUCAGUACGGGUUCCUGCCUCUAUGAAAGUGGGAGUUCAGUUGUCUGGGGCGUCUGUAAAAAUCAGUCCUGACAUCAAGCUGCACGAGGGUCAACAUGAGUCCACAGACAGCAAUACAACGGUCACCGGCACUCUGAAUGGACCAUCAGCCGGAGAGCAAUGGAUUAAAGUUGAGGCAAAAAAAGGGUCGAUUAACUUGAGGCCACAAAGCUGGUUUGAGUCUCUGAGACUUGAGAAGUAAAUGUGUCUGUUUCUACACUCGGCCUCGGAAGGUUCGCUAAAGUUUUGCUUUUACCUCAGUCUACAAAUUCUAUCAGGUUACACUAGCAAGACUGGCUGUACCUGAGAUUAUGUGAAUGCCAAACGAAUGAAGCAAUCAUAAUGUACUGAAAGUUGAAACAUGUAUGUAUGUGCGUAUGUAUAAAAUUAAAUGCAUAAAUGGUAACCCUAUAUAAAUGAAACCCUAUUGAACACAACGUAAAUUAAAAUAUUUAGUUAAGGAGGGAUUUAAAGAUGCUUUUUUAGUGAAAAUGUGAGUGCCAAAAGCAUACAGAAAAGGAUAGCAUCCGUAAGGGGAGUUCUAAGCGUUGUGUUUCAGAAUGGCGUGAAAUGCAGAUCAAGCUGAUAUUAAUAACAAUUAUCAGUAUUACUCCGGUGUCACUACUGAGUUAUUGGGACCAUUUCAGUCUCUUGUGUAGAGGAUGUGCUUGCACUUGCACUAAGACGUUUGUUCAGCUUGAAGAAACCAAAAUGUGUACUGUGUACUGUAGGCAAAACUGACCACCAGAUGCAAUUUCUGUGUUGUGAUUACGUGAUGAAAGCAAGGCAUAUUGCAUUGUGGUUUUGUUAACACUUUCAUGGAAUCUUAAUAGAACUUAAGCAGAAAGCGUAGGUUUUGUUUAAUGUAUAAAAUAUUCUAUUUAUUUGCACUGUAUUUGUGUUGCUGCUAAACGUGCUAUGUGUAUCAUAAUGUCUAAGGACAAGAAGGAAUAGCUCUUCAAUGAACAUAAAUCACGCACAAUAAGGAAAUGCUACCGUCUAUAAGUACUGCAAUAUGUUGUGUAUGUAAAAUAUGUACUAUUACUCCAGCUAUGAUAUACCGCGACCAUAAACUGUAAUGUUAAAAAUAUAUAAGGAUGGAUGUAUGGCAUGAAAUAAAAUA